UAUCGGGAAACCCAAGCUCUACUCAUAAUAAUUCUUGGGCAAGAAAAACGCUUUUGGAAGUUGAAGACUUCGGAGGGAGAAAAACCAACCAUCAAAUCUCAGUUCUUUCGGCUUCUCACUCUCCUCUUUAAAUUGAUCUUUCUGUUUCACCUCCGAUGGAUUCAUUCGAUGUGAGCAACGUAAAAGCAGAGAAGGUGAACGCGAUGCUGAGGUACCGUCGUCUUCGAAAGAUAGCUAACCUGUUCCGCUGCCUCGAGGUAUGCGUGGCUCUAAUCUUACUCUCCUGGUUCUCCACUCGCCUCCCCAUUGCCGUCAGAAUCUCCGGCCAGUAUUUCAAGGAGUUUUGUGAGGUUCUGGUCAGCCCUGGCUUCGUUUUCCUGGUCGGCAACGUCAUCAUUCUCACACUCUUCGCCAAAUCCGGCCAGUUCUUCGCCCAUGGCGGCCUCAACCCCAACACCUCCGCCACCGAUAAUGUCUACGACGAGUUCGUCAAGAACAACAACAACAGCGAUAAUCAUACUCGUCAGAAGUCCCAAUCCGACAACACUCCAUUACCAUCACUCCCAACUCAGCUGCCGGAGGAAUUCACAUACGAGAACAAAGACACAAUGUACGAAGAAGAGGGAGUGAGAACACUCACCCAUUCAUACCCGGACGAGCACAUGGCUUCAUCGGAUUCGAAGAUCAUCUUCCGGAGGACUCAAUCUGAGAACUUGAAGUUGAAAUUGAAGAGCGAGGCUAAGGAGAAGCCGCACCGAGGACUCCGGCGGUCGGAAACAGAGAGAUGCUGGAAGGUCGGAAGGGAAGAAGAAAAAGCGUCAGAGGAGAUGGCGUCGUUCUCGUACACUGAUGAGGAUAACAUGAGUAACGAAGAAUUCCAGCGCAAAGUAGAAGCCUUCAUUGCUAAGCAUCAGAAGUUUCAGAGGGAGGAGGAAUCCAUGGACAUCGUUCUACAGAACUUAUGCUGAUUCGCUGCUGAAACCUCCCUUCAUUUCAAAAAGGAAAAAACGAGA